AUGUCGGAUUUGGAAUUUCUAGACCUUUCUCAUAACAAUGUUUCAGGAUUAAUUCCAAAGUCGUUGGAGAAGCUUCGAAAUCUCAAGUAUUUCAACGUUUCUUUCAACAAGUUGGUUGGUUCAAGAACCUAUCCAGUUAAUCUUUCAUGUCCAAUGAAGCAUUGUGUGGUUCUCCACGAUUCCGUGUUCCACCAUGCCACACUAGUAGCUCAAAGCAUAGAUCCAAGAGGAAAAAACGACUUGGUUCUGAUUCUACCAGCCGGAAUUGCACUUGUACUAGUCAUUGGCUUUGCGUUUGUGUGGAUAAGGUAUAUAAGAGGUAAAAAAAAGCAAGAAGUUGAUUCAUCCUUCGUCGUCUCAACAAGAGAAAGAAUUUCAUACUAUGAAUUGCUCCGAGCAACUGAUUCAUUCAACGAGAGCAAUUUGAUUGGUUCUGGGAGUUUCGGCUCUGUUUACAAAGGAAUCCUCAUAGAUGGGACUACUAUUGCUGUUGAAGUGUUCAAGCUUCAAAUGCAAGCAGCUUUUAGGAGUUUCGAUACAGAAUGUCAAGUUUUACGCAACCUUUGCCACAGGAAUCUCACCAGAGUCAUCACUAAUUGUUCCAAUUUUGAAUUUAAGGCUUUGGAAUAUCUCCACCACGGUUGUUCAUUUCCCGUUAUUCACUGUGAUUUGAAGCCUAGCAACGUCUUGUUGAACGAGGACAUGAUCGCCCACCUAAGUGACUUUGGCAUUUCAAAAAUGCUUUCUGAUGAUGAGAGUGCUUCAUACACGAAAACUUUAGCAACAUUGGGCUAUAUCGCACCAGAGCAUGGAUCGAAAGGAUUGGGGUCAACGAAAUGCGAUGUCUAUAGUUAUGGUAUCGUGUUGAUGGAAACAUUUACAAGGACAAAACCUAAUGAUGAAAUGUUUGAUGACGGACUUAGCUUGAAGGAAUGGGUGAGCAAUUCACUCCCACAAGCAAUAACAGAAGUUGUUGACGCCAACUUAAUAACACCACAGGAUAAUCACUUCAUGAAAAAGUUAGAUUGCGUAGUAUCCAUCAUGAAAGUGGCGGUAGAUUGUUGCGUCGAACCUCCUAAUCGAAGGAUCGACAUGAAAGAUAUUGUAGCGAGGUUUAAAGAAAAGUACACCACAAGUUCACAUAAACCAACAACACCUAUAAAAGCAGCGAAAUAUGCGAGAGGAAAGUUGUCUACAACUAUUGGCUUUCUUUGUACAUUUCCGUUGCUCAAUUCUUUCCUUAAUCUCCCUUUGAAUCUGGCCUAUCACCACAGCCCUCGAUACGAACAAAUUCUGAAACUGCUUUCGUUUUCUAGCUUUCCACGUGUGAUAUAUACUUGCACCCCAAAUUGCUGUGGCUACUUCUUUGUGGAACUGCUUCCACCUUCUACUUUUGUACCAUCUCAACGAUUGCUUGAUUGUAAAGUUCAACAAUGGAAGACCUGA